AUGUCGAUAAAACUCUUCGCCAACGCCAUACUCACCACCGCUGGCGCCUUUGUUAUCUGGGUUCUCGUCGAUGCAGCCGAGUAUAUCCUCCGUCCGCUCGUAUCACCCGCGCGAAAGCUCAGAGGCCCACCGUCGAGUUCGUUUGUAUUUGGACACAUGAUGGAUGAAGAUGCGCCGAACGUUGGUGGAUCCGGGGAGGUUCUUCAUCCACAUGAGAUUUGGCGAAGAGAGUAUGGGCAUGUCUAUGCGACGCGUGCAUUCUUGGGUGAAAUACGAUGCAUGUUGUUUGAUCCUCGUGCGCUUUCGUACGUUCUCGAGAAUCAUGCGACGUACACCUCUCCAAGGACGCUUCGGUACAUCCUCCAGCGUAUACUCGGCGAAGGUUUGAUAGUCGCACAAGGCGCCGAGCAUAAACAUCAACGGCGACUCUUGCUACCUGCAUUCAGUUCCUCAAGCCUUCGCGAGCUUGUCCCUAUUUUCCACGAAAAGGCCAUCGAACUUCGCGACAAACUACUCGCCCAAACUCGUAUCUCUGACAAGGAUGAUGCGCGGAUCGAUAUGCUCCAUCAACUCUCGCUUACUGCUUUGGACAUCAUUGGCGAGGCGGGGUUCGGAUACAAGUUUAACGCUUUACAAGAAGGCACCGAUGCGAGUGAACUCAGCGCAGCAUUUCAUGGGAUAUUCAGCUCGAGCAGUGGACUUGGAGCAUUCUUCGUGAUCAAGGCAUUCCUGCCGCCAUUUCGACUCUUUAUAUUUGACAAACGUGAACGCGAAAUACGCAAAGCAAGGCGGACAAUGCACAGAGUCGGACUCGAGCUCAUUCGCGAGAGGCUCAAAGAGGCAAAACGUGGAGAGGAGGAUAGCUCACGAAAGGAUCUGCUCUCCCUAAUGGUACGGUCAAACCUAUCGACGGACCUUCCACCAGAGCAACGUCUUAGUCUUCAACAAAUCUUGAACCAAAUACCAACUUUUAUCUUGGCCGGACACGAGACGACUUCGACAUCUUUGGCUUGGUGCCUCUUCUCGCUUUCGCAGCACAAAGAGUGCCAACAGCGGCUUCGCUUGGAGAUUCUCGAGGCGAUGGAACAGAUAGGAUUCAAACCUUCGAUGGAUCAACUGGACUCCCUUCCGUACCUCGACGCUGUCGUCAAAGAGACAAUCCGCUUCCACCCGGCAACGGAGAAUGCAUUCCGAAAGGCUCUCGUCGAUGACGUGAUACCGGUCUCUAAACCGUACGUUGACAUAGACGGACGGCAGAGGACAGAGAUAUCCGUGAAGAAGGGCGAUGUCUUUAUGAUCCCAACAUUUGCAAUCAAUCACCUUGAAGAAGUUUGGGGCCCAGGCGCAAAUCAAUUCCAACCAGAACGGUGGCUCUCCGGUGUUCCUCCGUCUCAUGUCAAGUUUGGUCUUCCAGAGGGUGCAUCGUACUCGACCUGGGGAUGGGGAGGUAGCAUGACCUUUCUCAGUGGCCAGCGCGCCUGCAUUGGGUUUCGCUUUGCCGUCCUCGAGAUGAAAGCAAUUCUAUUCCAGCUCGUCUCGGCUUUGGAGUUCAAUCUCUCCGUGCCUGCUAGUGACAUUGGAAAGGCACAUAUGUACGGGCUACGCUCUCGCUAA